AUGGGCUUGGCGGCGGUCGCCGGGAAGGGCGCGUACAUCGCGGCACGCGUCGCGCUGCGUCAGUGCGGCGCGGACGCGCGGCGUGGGCGGGCGUGGGGAGCGGUGGGCCGAGUGGGCGUCGCGCCAAUCCCGGCGCGGGCACUCCCCCCCGAUACCGCCCAAGCGCGCCCCGCCCGCAAGGUCACAGGGCGGGCGUAUCGAUCGCACGCGCCCGCGACGCCCGACUCCAUUUUAUUCCGGCUCCCCCGAUUUGCA